GAAAAAUCCUUAUGAAAUGUGAUGAUAGUAUAAAUGCACCUACAAUUUAACUUUUUGAGUGGAGGUUUACUUUAAAAUCUUUAAAAGGAAAUAUAUUUUUAGGAACAUCUGCAUCUUUUAUUAUGUCAAUUUCCUGUGCUAUUUAGAAAAUUUUGGCUUGUAUGAUUUUUUAAUUUAACUUUCCAACUGUUUAUUGAAGUACAAGGAAGCCAGCUGAGUUCUCCAGUGAGUCAGGAUUAGAUCUUGGGAUUGUCCUUGCUUUCCCUUUUUUCACUGGACACUGUGCUAGGUGUAAUAAUCCUGUAACAAACAACCACUGCCUUUAACUGAGAAACUGUUAACUUUAUGCCAUCUACCAUAAUAUCUCAUUGGAAAAUCAGUGCAAAAUAGGUGUUUUUUUUAGUGGACUGCUGCUAAAAUUUGGAGCAUUCAGAAAACAAAGUAUAAUAUGUCAAUGGAUAUUCUGUAUGGAUGUGUUUACUUUCUGCGUGCUUGCUUCCUGUUUUGUACAUCAACAUGUUGCUGCCCUUAAACCCUUGAAUGAUAUGGCCUAGCAUGCAUCUUGCUGUUGGUGUGACACCACACCCUUUAGGGAGUGGAAACAGCUAUAAUCCUUUUCUUCCCCUUCUUUUUGUGCCUCUCUCUGCCCACAAUGUAUGCUUUUUUUACAUUGUCUUUCCUAUCACUAUUGUUCUUGCAGUAAUGGUACAGUAUGAGUCUUCCUGAGGUUCAUCUCAAACUGGUUGUAUAAUAUCAUGUACAGGAGGUAAGAAGUCUGAAGUACAACCUUUCUGUUGAACAAUAGAGAAGGAAAGAGGUGGACAGAGUAAUGGGAGAAAGGAAGGGAACCGGCUGAGUAAAUAAGAACUUUGAGCACUGAACCUGAAGGACAUGAACUUGAUUGACAUCCUUUGGAGGCAAGAUAUAGAUCUUGGGGCAAGACGUGAAGUCUUUGAUUUAAGUCAACGAAAGAAAGAAUAUGAACUUGAGAAGCAAAAGAAACUGGAAAAGGAGAGACAAGAACAGCUUCAAAAAGAGCAAGAAAAAGCACUAUUGGCUCAGUUGCAGUUAGAUGAAGAAACAGGUGAAUUUGUUCCCAUUCAGCCAACGCAGCACAUUGAGUCAGAAAAUACUAGAGCGCCAAUCAGUUUUUCACAGAAUACACAUACUUCAAAAUCAGAAGCAGAUGCCUUGUCUUUUGAUGACUGCAUGCAACUCCUGGCAGAAACUUUUUCAUUUGUAGAUGAUAAUGAGGUUUCUUCAGCUGCGUUUCAAUCACUGGUUCCUGCUCCGGUUGAUAGCAACACAAUCUUUGUUAGUCCUAAUCAGACUCAGCCACCCGAGGCAUCUGUCCUUCAAUCCCCGGUCACUGAUGGAGACAGCACACAAAACAUAAAUCAAGUUUGGGAAGAAUUAUUGUCCAUUGCAGAACUACAGUGCCUUAACAUUGAAAAUGAUAACCUGGUUCAAAUAAUGAACGCUUUCACAAGCCCGGAAGCCAAGCCAGCAGAGAUGCACAAUAACUGUAACUUCUACAACUCGUUAUCUAUAACGGAUAAAGAUGUUACCUGCAAUCCUGAUUUCCUUGAUGCUUUUGAGGAGGGUCCCUUUUCUAGCAUCUUACCACCAGAAGACCUCAGCCAAUUGAGAGUGAACUCUUCAAAUACUACUCCCUCUUCAAGGUCUGACUUAUGUGAAGAUUUCUAUUCCACCUUUAUUGAUACAAAGGUGAGCAAUGACACAGCAGCCCCAAAUGUUAUCAGCCAAUCUUUAGAUGAUAUUCUUAGUGAACCCAUUGAUCUUGCAGACUUCUCCCUUUGUAAAGCUUUCAACAGUGACCUUUCUGGAAGUGCCGCAGAAGGUAAUGAUUCUGACUCUGGUAUUUCCCUGAACACAAGUCCUAGCACAGCAUCACCUGAAUACUCUGGUGAAUCAUCUGUCUGUGGAGAUAAAACUUUUGGGUACAGUGAUUCUGAAAUGGAAGAAACGGACAGUGCACCUGGAAGUAUGCAACAGAGCAAUGUUAAUGUGUAUUCAUUGCAAUGCCAUGAUCAAAUGUCUCCUGCCUUGGGGCCAAGCACUCGAAAGUCUGAUUUGCAAUGUGUAAACACACCAAAGGGAGAGCUACCUGCCAGCCCAGGCCACCCUAAAGCUCCAUUUACAAAAGACAAGUCUUCUGGCCACCUUGAAGCUCAUCUCACAAGAGAUGAGCAAAGAGCAAAAGCUCUGCAUAUCCCUUUCCCUGUAGAGAAAAUCAUCAACCUCCCUGUGGAUGAUUUCAAUGAAAUGAUGUCUAAGGAGCAGUUCAAUGAAGCCCAACUUGCGCUUAUUAGAGAUAUACGCAGGAGAGGCAAGAAUAAAGUGGCUGCUCAAAAUUGCCGUAAAAGGAAACUGGAAAACAUAGUGGAACUGGAGCAAGACUUGGGCCAUCUCAAGGAUGAAAAAGAGAAAUUACUUAAAGAAAAGGGAGAGAAUGACAAAAGUCUCCGCUUAAUGAAGAAGCAGCUUAGCACCUUGUAUCUUGAGGUCUUCAGCAUGUUACGUGAUGAAAAUGGAAAGCCUUACUCUCCUAAUGAGUACUCACUGCAGCAAACAAGAGAUGGCAAUGUCUUCCUUGUUCCUAGAAGCAAGAAGCCAGAGACAAAAUUUUGAAGGGCAGGGAGGCUGGCUGACGUUGUCAGAGCUAGGGGUUUUCUAUUGUUAUACUAAUAGCUUUUCCUGUGACUUGAAAUCCAAAAUAGUCAUAUUUUUAAAUGAUUUUAUGCAAAUAGAUCUAAAAUUAAUAACUAGUAUAUGAAAUGCAUAAGUUAAAGAACUAUUAGUGUAAUGCAUAUGUAUGUAUGCAAAUUUAUAAUAUCUUUUAUAAACAGACAAUAUUUCUUUCUUAUAGCACCACUUUGGCUAGUUUCUGUAUAACUGUAAAUAUUUAAACACACCUUAUUUAUAUAAUGUUUCUAUCCCUUGUUUGUUAUAUUCAUAGAUUUAUAUUAUAUAUGUAUAUGAUUUUUGCCUUUUAAGUAUCAUUGCCAGCCCAACUGUAUGACUUGAUACUUUUUAUAAAUAUGAAUUGAAUGUUUGCCACUUUUUCUUAUAUAUUUUUAUUUGCUUUGCAUUUAAUAAAAAAGUAGUAUAAAGGGUAACUCUUAAUAAAGGGUAUGAUUUUGUUUGGUUUUAAUAGUUUAUUAAGCUUCUACUGUACUUCAUUUUUACUUAUUUAUAUGAAGUACAUUUGAAGGCUACAACCCCAUAAAAAUAAUUCAUACCUAAUUUAUUUAACUUAAUUUUAAUUUAGGAACAUGCUGUAAUCUUAUGGUAAGUUAAGUUUACACAAAAUGUAUGCCCUUUCAUUCUCUCCUUUGGACUAAACUUAUUAAACCAAUUCAUUAUGAGAGCUUUAAUUCAUAGCACAUUAUCUAGGACUAACCACUUUAUUGAAUAGGGAGUGUUUAGAGGUUGAAAGUCUGAAUUACAGGGAUAUAAAGAAUUUGGACAUGUGAGUAAAUACUGUUUGUUUACAUUUCCAUAGUCUCACUGAACCCAGGCUACAGUGGAUUUUAUUUAAAUACAGAAAACACAUCAUAUAUAGAAACAUUUAUUGUUUCCUUUGUGAUGUGCACCAGUCUGGAUGGUUAAAAUCUGGCUGUAUUUGAGGACAAUGUUUUAAAGCCCACAAAAAGUUGUAUAUUUUAAAUAUUUUCUCUAUAAUUUCAAAUUCAAGAUUAAUUUCCUAAUCAGCCAGAUUUGUAUUUCUUUGAUAUUUCACACAGUGUACUUUGCCAGUACAAAUAUCAAGUUCCAUUCAAGAUUUUGCAAGGCUUAUUAUACAAGCAAUAACACAUGUAACUUUUUAUUUAAGCUGGCAGUAAAGUGCUUCUGGUGAGCUUAUAACUUUUGAAGAUAAUAAGUAAUAAAUUGCAAUUUUAACUAUGCCAUGACCACACUUGAUGCUAAAUACCUACAUUCAUUCAGCAGUUCUUCUGAAAUAAAAAAUACCAUAUUUGUGUAAUGUGCAGAUUCAGAUUAUACUGUCAAAGUCCAUGUUGUGUAUGGAUUUCAUGAUUGAACAAAUCCUUUGUGGUGACAGCAACAACAAAAGGGAGACUAGUAAGGCAGUUUACAGAACGCAGAUUUCUACUCCUAGUGAGCAUUGCUGUGGUUGGGCAUUAAGGAUAAUCCAAAGAUAAAAAGCAAAGGAAUUCAAGAUACGUUAUCAAACGCUGAGACAGCCUAGUGUAUUUAGAAUGUGAAUGCCUCAGAGCAGGCCUCUCUCUGUAUGCUGUUUGUGAAGCAUUAAAAAUCACUUUCUGCAUCUCAUACACACUGCACUUUUAUAGUCUCCUGUUUCUAAACUGGUCCUGGAGAUAUUUACAUUAUGUGAUGCUGCACAGGAUAGAGCAAGGACAUUUAUACUAAUUUCAGUAUUAAGACACACACUGAUCUAAGCAGAACUCCAUGCUGACUUGCCCUGUUGAGAAAUCGCAUUUCUUGGACUAAGAACUAGGGUAAAUUAAACUGUACAGAUCUCCACACUGAUGUGGCUUUCUUGUUCUUGGUAUCCAAGUUACUUCAUUUAGAGCUACCUCAUUUAUCUGUACAUUAAGUAAAUUAUGCAGUGUAGCCAUAACCUUAAGUCAGCCCUAGGGGGAAUCUAAGUAACAAGCUGCGCUUCGUAUCACCAUGAGCUAUGUCCUUCUACAAGAUGUUAAAAAGCAGCCUUAUGGUUUUCUGUGGAGUGCCUGAUCUUGGCCUUAAGAAUCUUUUAACUUGACUCCAGUCAUUUUACCUUUAAAGGGGGGGUGCCAAACCUGUGGCCUGGAUUCAGCCUGCAGAGCCCUACUAUCUGGCCCCUGGUGUAACCAUUGGUCUGAAUUGACCUAGACCAGCCCUGUAGGCGGGGUCUGGAUGUGUGCUGCACACAGCACCCAUUCUAGCUGCUCUGGGAACCUCACUGCACACACCUGAUCCAGCCAGUCCAGUACCAGCACUUCACAUGGCACUUAUAGGCACUGCAUGCAGCAACACAUGUUCCAGACUGGUUAGAGCAGGCACUGUCAUGCAGUCCAGACUAGCUGCUGGGGCCAUCAUGUUGGGAUGCAUGCUGCAUGUAGUACUGGUCCCAGUGGCUCCAGGAUACGUGUCACACGCAGCGUAGAUCUUCCUGAAGCAGCUUCUGCAGGUGCUUGAUCCAGUGUGGUGUGGGGGGAAAGGGGAGUCUAUGGGUCAUUUUGGCUUGAUCUGGGCUGUGGACCAGCCCUGCAUCACUCAUCUGGCUCUGGCUAGAUGAGUUUGAUAUUCCUGCCUUAAAAUAACAAAAAGGGCAAUGCUGUCAUACAACAUCCUGUCUUGCAGAUGAGGUUGGCAAUACUAGAUGAAUAACUUAAGUAUUUAAAUAUUGUAGGUCACCCCUACUCUGAAGAAACUAACAUUUCAACAUCACAUUUUGGGUUUGUCUUUGCCUCCAGGCUUCUGAGCUGCUAGAUACAAUUAUUAUCUUUGCUACCAUGAGUGAUAGAAAUUUUUUUUUUUUAAUUAAAGCAGAGCUUCUCACAUUCAUAAGAUGCUUAAGGAACAGCCCUUAAAAGUUCUAUUAAGUAUUAUGAGAUUCAAUAUAACAUUGUAAGAAUAGAUCCUGCUGUUUAUUAAGUUGAUAUGCCUUUGUCCUUGCUAGUGUAGCAGGACUGUCUGAUUCACACACAAUGUUGUGGCCAUUGAAGAAGCAGCAAGUGAAUGUCAAGUUUUAGCUCUUGUUACGUAAACCAGAUUAGGAACAUUUUACAGGACAAUAAAGAUCCUUAUCAUUUGUGAGAUCUAUGGAAUCAGGGUUGCAUAAUUUAUGAAGAGAGCCCUUAAGGCAAGAUGUGUGGCUUUUAUCUCUUGCAUAUCCCACAAGCGGUGCAAAAAAUCAACAGUCCUAAAAGCACCAGUGAAUAAUAUACUGUUAAUAAAUGCAGCUGUCUCUGGCCUUAAAUCUGAAAUUAAGUCUCUCUCGAACAACACAAGCCAAAGAAUGUCACCAGUACCCUGUUUAUCGGAAAUUAUUCUUCCUUCCUGUAAGUGAACAUUGUUGCGCCUAGUAUUUGAACAAGAGGUUCAGUAGAUUGUCCCAUAUUUUGCUAGCUUGAUAUAUCUUUAAUUUAUGAGGCAUCAGAGAGAUGAAAUGUCAAGAGAAUUUUGGACAUGUUACUGAAGAAAUGCAUGAUCUGCUGCUCUGUUUUCUCCUCCCUGCACUAAUCUGACAUGUACCACAUGAAGGCUGCCUGUGACACUCAUGCCACAGAUUAGCCACCUCUGUCUUAGUGAGGAGUAAUUCCUGGAGCAUGAAGGUUGAAUAGUUCAGGUCUUGGUGCAGAUGCAGUAGUCUGGCAGCUGACUUCACCUGUGAAGACUGAGGUAUAAAAGGCAUUGAAUACCUCAGCCUUUCCUGCAACAUGUGUUACUAGGUUGUUUCCCUUAUUCAGGAAGGGACCACUGAUCUCCCUCUUGUUGCUGACAUACUUGUAGAAACUGUUUUUGUUACCUUGCAUGUCCUUUGCUAGCUGCAAUUCCAGUUGUACUUUGGCC